GGGUGGGGUUAGAAAAGGACGCUGGAUUGUGAGUAAAUAUAGCUAACGCUGGAGUUACUAUACACAGAUCCCUGAUCAGACCCGUUUACUGAAGCCCCGGUGGAGAAGAUUAGAUAAAUAUAUUUUAAACUGAUCCCAGAUCAGCAGAACCCCGCCGCGGAGCCACGGGAGGAGGAACCCGUGGCUCGGAACUCGUUUUACGGGGGGAGAGUUUAGCGAGAGCGCGGUGUGGAGCUCAGCUUUGUGGGGUUUUGUGUUUUUCAGCUGUGAGGAGAAGCUCGUCUUGCAGUCAUGUCCACGCUUUUCCCCUCGCUGUUUCCUCGAAUGACGGAGUCUCUGUGGUUUAAUUUGGAUCGUCCGUGUGUGGAUGAAACGGAACUUCACCAGCAAGAGCAGCAGCACCAGACCUGGUUGCAGAGCAUUGCUGAGAAGGACACUAACCUGCUGCCCAUUGGGAGACCCAUCUUUGAGACGUUUGACGAGGAAGAAGAGGAGGAUGAUGAAGACGAGGAGGACAGUGAGGAGGACUCGGAGGAAGAUGAAGAUAUGCAGGAUAUGGAUGACAUGAACAUUUAUAAUGAAUUUCCAGAUGACGGCGAGAUAAAUGAGGUAAGAGGUUGAUAUGGAGGGAGCAGAUCAGGAUCAGGACCAGUGGAUGAUCUGAAUACAAAUAAACUUCUACCUCCUGAUUGCUCGUUAGAGAUCUUCACGGCUCUGUGGGAGAAAGAGAAGUUCAUCUGCUCGGCCUGGAGUCUGCAUGUGCACUGUGUUGGAGAAUCUUUUUUUUUUUUUGGUCUGAUUGAUUGAUUUUUUGUAUUUAAAGCCUCUGAACGAUGUAUGAUGUGUGUUUAUGCAUUUGGAGUGGUCUUUAGUCUGUAGUGUGUGGGACUGGCGUAGGCCAAACCUCGAGUCCUGCAGGACUUGAACAGCUCCAGGUGCCUCUUCUAGCCAUAACUUGCCUUUUUAUGAGAAUCCGCAGAGAAUGCUUUGCAUUGUUCAGGGACGUGUCUCUCGCUCUCACACACACACAAUCACACACCAAAGCUCUCAUGUGUAGUCUAUUGCCUUGUAACUAUCAGGUUGUAACUUCUCUCAAGGACAGGCAGCCUCCUAAACUCGCUUUAAAACUUUCAACACUCUCACUCCAGAGUCCCGUCUUUUGAAGGCAUUGUUUCUUUGAUUGUGUGUCACAUGCUAGGCAAUAGAGACUACUGAAAAGUGUGUGUGUGUGUGUGUGUGUGUGUGUGUGUGUGUGUGUGUGUGUGUGUGUGUGUGUGUGUGUGUGUGUGUGUGUGUGUGUGUGUGUGUGUGUGUGUGUGUGUGUGUGUGUGUGUGUGUUUAAUGGACAUAAAGUAUUAAAAGCUGCGGAAGCUAACCUGAGUAUUACAGGAUUCAUGGAUUCAUUUCUUGUACAGUAGUGUAUUUUUACUUGUAUAAAGAGUCAGAGUGUUUGUAAAUAAAUAAAAACCUGCGUCAAAA